AUGGAGAUCAUGCUGGGCCAAAGGCACCUCAGGGAGAGCAACAGCCUGUGGCCCGGCUCUCCAGAGUCCCUUUAUAGGGGGCCCUGGUGGCUCCUGGAGGUUCCCCUGAAAAGGCAAAGGGGGCCUGGGGAGGCUGCAACAGCCUCAAGCUACAGCCCUGCUCAAAGACUUCAGAGCUUUCCCCAGAGCCCCUGCCUAGAAUGUGGGCUGCCUGUCCUUCCCUCUCCAGAGCUAGCUGAGCAGCGGGCCUUGGGCUUUGGCUCUGAGCUCUGCAGGAAAGGCCCCGGGGUGCCUCCUGAGACAGGCCCAAACUUUCGGGUGGCCCCCCCACACCCCCUUUGUGUCCAGGGGCUGGAGAGGACCUUCCUCCGGGGUGCUGCCCCCUUCUUCCUUGUCCUGCCUUGCAUGGGACCCGGGGAAUGCUGCCAGCUGGCCCCCCCUGACCCUCCUGACCCAUGCAUGAGGUCACAACGGGGGCCUCCUGGCUGUGUUACGCCUGCGAGGCUGCCCCUUCUUAGCUCAGCUGUCCCAGAGAGCCAUAGCCAGUCUGCCCUCCCCGCAGAGAGUAUCCUGGCCCUCCUCCAGCAGCCCCCUCCACCCCCACCCCAGAGCCCUGAUCUUCAGGCGCACCGAGACUCCCUGAGCCCAAUGAAACCCCGGAAACCCUCACCAGUUGUUCUGCCCGGAGAGCUCCACCUGCCGGAAGUGGAAGCGGAACUAUCCUUCCCGCUGUGCUUCCCCAAGCCUGGCCCUCUACAGAGAGCCGUGGCGGAGGGCAACUACCCGCCCCUCGGGCCGUUCACGGCCAUGUUCGAGAGUGACUUUCUGCAGGUGACCCCAGGCAGGCCGAUGGGCCCGGCUGGGGGAGGACGGGGGAGGGCUGGGAGGCGGCGGCGGGAGGGGGGGGGGGGUAGUGGGAGGCAGUGA